AUGCCGCGCCGCGACAUCGAGUUCAAGACGACGGACCAUGUCACAUUGCGAGGUUGGUUCUUCACACCAACUCAAAUAGGUCAGCAUGCCAAGCUUCCAUGUCUGGUGAUGUCUCACGGCUGGAGUGCAGUCAAAGAGAUGGACCUCGAUAACUUCGCCAUCCACUUUACUGAACAUCUGUCGAUCACAUGUCUGAUCUACGACAACCGUGGCUUUGGCUCAAGCGACUGCCAGGCGGGAGCACCUCACCAUGAGAUCGUGCCGUCCCUACAGCAGAGCGACUACUCAGACGCUAUCACCUAUGCUCAGACUAUCCCCGAGGCCGACCCUUCAGCCAUCGGUAUAUGA